AUGCAGAUCCCUGGAGGUAGAAAAGCCUCGGUGAUGGAGCAGCAGAGCCAUGCGCUUCCUCACUACGGCUGCUUCAGCUGCUGCAAAGAGCACGCGAACGAGGAUGUGGAGAGAAUGUUGCUAGGCAACAAGUGUGACAUGGAGGACAAGAGGGUCGUACCUAAAGCCAAGGGGGAACAAAUUGCUCGGGAGCACAACAUUAGAUUUUUUGAGACGAGUGCGAAGGCGAACAUCAACAUUGAGAAGGCGUUCCUCACGUUAGCAGAAGACAUCCUCAGAAAGACACCCGUAAAAGAGCCCAACAGUGAAAACGUGGACAUCAGCAGCGGCGGCGGCGUCACGGGCUGGAAGAGCAAGUGCUGCAGCUGA